CAGCAACCAGACGGAAGGGAAAUCGAAACAGUUUUUAGACGCACUCGGAGCAGCGGUUCUGACGCGCUUGGUGAAGUAAAGCUAAAAAAGCCGAAAACAUGAGCUCCAAACCCGAGAAGUGUUACAAUCCCCGCGACCCAACUAUUACCUGCGUGGACGACGAGGAUGAAUUUCGACUUUGAGUGUGAAGGCUACACGUCUCCAAGAGCGCGCAUGUCCUGCGGUCAUGUUGUGACGCCAACUUCUCUCACCAAAUACUGCGAGUACUUGUUGGAAAAGGGAGAAAGCACUUUUGUGUGCGGCCAGUUUGGCUGUAACGUCGAGUGGCCCUAUGAGGAGGUCCGUAAAAUGGCUCUCCUGACCGCUGAAGAAAAGGAACGCUUUGAGAAAAGCAUGGCUGUCAAUGCCUUCAAGUCAUACUUUGACUCCAAAAUAUGUCCUGGAUGCAAAUACUCUGUGACAAGGAAAGUCGAGUCCAACCUGAGCGUCCGGUGCCAGAUAUGUACAGCUGCCAAAGGACGCACCUAUGAAUUCUGCUGGCAGUGUUUGAGGGAAUGGAAAGGUCCACAGCCACGGAUGGAUCGCUGCGACAACGAUGGCUGCUGUAACGAUGCCCUGAAAACCCUGAGCAACUGUCCAUAUGCUAACUUUGAGAACGUUAAAAAUGUCACUCAGUGUCCCUCCAUCAGAGCCUGUCCCACCUGUGGUUUACUGGUGGAGCACACAGGGAAACAAUGCAAAAACAUCACAUGUCGCCAGUGUAAGGUGGAGUUUUGUUUUGUGUGCCUAAGGAUCACAACUGAAUGCAGAAAACUACCGAACCAUGAUUACUACGGACCGUGCUUUAGUGGUGUUGCACCCAGACAGACCUCCAUUCCUGUAUGGCAGCGGGACAAAUAAGAUCAAAGCACAGCAAAACUCUUCUCUUUUUUUGCCUUUGCAUACAUUUAGUUCCCUUUUUAAUUAUUGUGAAUUUUGUUUCACGUGGAAUUUCUACAAAGAAACAUGACUCUAAGUCUUUUUGGAAGUAGCUCAAAAACCAGUCUUUGCAGUUGCUGAUAACAUGACAAGUAUGGUUUAAGCGUAAAGAGUAAAGUGGAGCUUAUAUCCUUUUUUUAUAACUACAUUAAUUGCUAUUCUGUGUCAUCCUGUCCUCCUUUUACAUGUUUUAGUUAAUUGCAACUUGUAAGUAAAAAAAAAAAAAAAUUAUUUGGAUGUAACCAUGUGGUCAUGUUGUUCCUAAUGGGUGAGAUAGUUCAAAUGUUCAAAUGUCAUUUUCAUCAAAUAAGGUUUUGCUGGUCUGUUUGGAAACAAUAUAAUCAAUAAAACUUUUGUUUUCCAAAAAAA